AGGUUUUAUUGAGGAUAUUUCUAAGCUAACCAUCAGGGACCAAGUCACUGGAUUGUAAAAAAAAUAGAGCCGGAUCGCUCUGCUUCGUUCUCUUUCCCACUGUGUUCAUUUCAGUGAGCAGCACAGAGCACAGCAGCUCUUAAGCACCCAGCAGCACACAGAAUGCAAGGAAUCUACCUCCUCGUCUUAGACCAACAGCCAAAGUACCACGGGUGAGAGAAGACCUGAGAGGAAACAAAGGGUGGAAAUAAAAACAGAAAGAAGAAGAUAAAGAGAGAAUCACUGGUUGAGCAUUUGGCCACAGGGACUUGUGUUUUUCCGUGAGUGUUAUCUUGUUGCCUUCUCUGAGUGUCUGGUCUUCUAGUCCUUUUCUCCUCUCCAUCCCUGUGCAGACAAGGUCAUGGGGUGGCUGAGGAUAUCAGUGCUCUCCAUAUGCAUGCUGCUUACUUUGCUUGGUGAUGUGGAGCCGGCUGUACCUCUAGAGGACUUCUACCCAUUUGGCCAAGAUGAGGGUGACUCUCAGACUGUCGAACAGGAUGAUGGAGGCUCAGGACUGGUGGCAAUAUCUAUGGCUUUCCCUUUCUUUGGAGAACGGCACACUGGACUCUAUGUCAACAACAAUGGCCUGGUGUCUUUCCUGAGGGAGGUUUCCCAGUUCACUCCUGUGGCAUUUCCUAUUGCUGGAGACCGCAGAGUGGUGGCUCCAUUCUGGGCAGAUGUUGACAACCGGCGUGCAGGGAAAGUCUUUUAUCGGGAGAGCAAAGAUCCUGCAAUCCUGUUGAAAGCCACUGCACACAUUAGCCGUUACUUCCCAGAGUUCCCUACAUUUGUCACUACAUGGGUGCUGAUUGCUACCUGGUAUCAAGUUACAUUUUUCGGCGGAAGCUCAAUAACUCCGGUGAACACAUUUCAAGUAGUGCUCAUCACAGAUGGUGAGCUGUCCUUUACCAUCUUCCAGUACCACAAUAUUACGUGGACAACAGGGAUGCAUGCUACCAGUGGUGGUGACCUAGCUGGCCUGGGUGGCAUAGCUGCACAGGCAGGUUUUAACGCUGGCGAUGGGAAGCGCUAUUUCAACAUCCCAGGCUCUCGCACAGAUGACAUUGUUGAAGUUGAGACCACCACUAAUGUGGGCUAUCCUGGCCGGUGGGUCUUUCGCAUUGAUGAUGCCCAUGUGCAAGUGGGUGGUUGCAAUGACUCAGCCUCUGUCUGCCCUAACUUGAGGCCUUGUCUACAUGGUGGCCAAUGCAUUGAUGACUGCAUCACUGGAAAUCCCUCUUUCACUUGCUCGUGUCUGGCUGGCUUUACAGGACGCAGGUGCCAGAUAGAGGUUGAUGAGUGCUCCUCGUACCCCUGUCAGAAUGGAGGCACAUGUGUGGACAAGAUCAACUUCUUUAUCUGCCUGUGUCCAGUGGGAUUGACGGGGACAACAUGUGAAACAGACAUUGAUGAAUGCCAAGAAAGCCCGUGCCUUAAUGGAGCACAGUGCAUACAAGGUGUCGGCAACUUCACUUGUGUAUGCCAGGCAGGUUACACAGGCGUAUUAUGUGAAUCAGACAUAAAUGAAUGUUCAUCCAUGCCAUGUUUGAAUGGAGCUCUGUGCGAAGACCGGGUAAAUAACUACACUUGCACUUGUACAGCAAACUUCACUGGAAGCCACUGCGAGACAGAGUUGGUUGUCAUGGAAAACUCCUCUAGUACUGAUGCUGCAAAUAAUUCAGUUCCCUGUGAUGGAGACGGCUGUGAAAAGCGGCAAAUCUGCAUAUUUAUUGGCCCUGGAAACUACAGCUGCACCUGCGCACCUGGUUAUUAUGGUGAAAAUUGUGAAGAGGAGUGUCUUUGUCAGAACGGAGGUGUUUGUGUUGAUCUGAAUGGCACCUGUGAAUGUCCGACAGGUUUUACUGGAAUCUACUGUCAGUUUGAGGUAACACAGACACCCUGUAGUAACAGCAGACCGUGUCCUGAUGGAGGUCCAUGCUUAGAGUAUGGUGGUACAUACCUCUGCACCUGCCAAACCGGUGUCGACUUUGACCACAAGGACUUCUACCCAUAUGUACAGCCCCGAUCAGUCUGCGAUUCCUCACCGUGUCAGAAUGGAGGGUAUUGCUUCGAAAAAGAUGGAGACUACAUUUGUGAGUGCAAAUAUGGCUACAGAGGCAAGCAUUGCGAAAGAGUCAAAAAAAGUAUCUGUGCCUCCAGUCCCUGUCGUAAUGGAGGUUCAUGUAAAGAAGAAGCUGACAGCUACCAGUGUGUGUGUCCUUACCGUUUCACAGGGAAACACUGUGAAGUGGGAAAGCCGGAUCCUUGUUCUUCCAGUCCAUGUUUGAAUGGGGGAACUUGUUUCCACUACAUUGGCAAAUACAAAUGUGAGUGUUCUCCACCCUUCAUCGGAAGACACUGCGAGAUCAGCAGAGGAUCCAAGUUGGCUUUGGAGGCUCUGGAUUGUGGCUCCCCUGUGAAGGUCAAGCAUGCAGAAGUACAAUAUUCCUCUACGACCCCAGGCUCCAUUGCUCUGUAUGCAUGUCACCCAGGCUACACUCCCCUCUUAAGGGCAACCCAGACCACCUGCAACAGCCAGGGGUCGUGGACCCCGCCUCCUGUCUGUGAAGAGAUAAACGAGUGUUUGUCUCAGCCAUGUAUGAAUGGGGGAACCUGUCGUGACAGAAUAGCCUCCUACCUGUGUGAGUGUGAGGAUGGUUUUACCGGCCAGCGCUGUCAAACAGAUAUUGACGAAUGCCUUUCUGAGCCAUGCAAGCAUGGAGGUACAUGUGAGGAUCAGCCUGGGUCUUACUUCUGCCACUGCCAGCAGGGCUAUGCUGGACAGGACUGUGAGAUAGAACAGGAUGGAUGCGAGCCAAAUCCUUGCUUGAAUGGAGGUGUGUGUCGAGACUACAGGGGGAACCAUCUGUGUGUGUGUAAAGAGGGUUAUGUUGGAGACCGCUGCCAAACAUUGGAUAAUCCAUGUGUACUGCAGCCUUGUGGGAACCGAGGCAUCUGUCGAAGUGAUAGGAGAGAGAACUACAGCUGUGCGUGCAGGGUGGGCCACACAGGGAGAGACUGUGAGAGAGACCUGUUACCUCCAUCUGGUCUGCAUGUGUUGCGGGUUGAGGAAAAUGAAGUGGAGUUACGCUGGGAUCAGUCGGAUGCCACUCAGAAUUUGAUCAGUGGUUUCGCCAUUGCUUUUGCUCCUGUUGGUCGUGUACCAAGGAAGACAGACUUUCUGGAGAAGCAACAUUCUACAUAUGUACUGCAAGGCCUGAACCCCGGACAGCUUUACAACAUCUCUACAUUCUCUGUCAAACGCAACGCCAACAGCAAUGACAUAAGCCAGCCCGCUUUCGCGCUCAUCCGUACUAGACCACGUAAGGUAGAACAGCUGGAGGUAGUGAAUAUAUCAUCCUCUCAGGUAUGGCUACGCUGGUUGGUCCAGGUUGACCGCCACUCUGCAGACAGUCAAGUUCGAGUGUCCCUGUUGCCUGCAGAUGGGAGUGGACCUCGCACGGCUGUAAUCAAUAGCAGUGUCACAGAGUACACCUUCAGCACAUUGCUCCCAGGUCAGAUGUACACAGUGGACAUAGUUACACAGAGUGGUCUGCGCCCUGAAGAUCUCCCAUCAACCAGCAAAUCUGCUGGGCCAAUUCACUUCUGGACCAGACCCCUCCCUCCUCAGAACCUUUCACUCUCUCGUAUCACCACUACAUCUGCUCGGAUAACAUGGGACCGUCAUCCACAAAGUCUUCAAGAUGGUUUUGUAGUAAAUAUUACUCGAGGCCUCAACACUCGCAGUCGCUACCUACCUGAUGGAAGCUUAGGGACGUACACCCUUCGCGAUCUUGUUCCAGGACAGCAUUACCGUCUUUCCCUGACCUCUGUACGCAAAACAGGCCAGGACAACAUUCAAAGCGUCCCUCAACAUUUAGCUUUUACCACGCUUCCAAGAGGUGAAAGACCUCAGGGUGGACAGGACCAUCAAGUGGGUCACACCUUGACACAAGUUCAAGAUGGGGGCACUGUUGACAACACAGAACAUUUAGAAGAACCACUAAGAUACACAGAGCAUAUUGAUGGUAGAGGGAGGAUUACAGCCAAAUUUGCCAGCCUUCCACAUAAAACCAUUAGACACCGUACAAAGCCAGAUCCACCAAUCAAAUUAGAAAAGAUGGAAGAAACCACCAAUAAGAUCAGUCUAGCUCUAGAAAUUCCAGAAGAAGAGACAAAGAAUAUAUCUGAGUCAUCCCAAGACUGCAGAACUCAGACUUGCCAGAAUGGUGGUACGUGCGUUCAGAUCGACGAGUUAUUCAGCUGCACCUGUGCCACUGGUUUCAAGGGAAGGCGAUGUGAGCUAUAUUGCCAGCGAUUGUCUCACCCAUGCACUCGACUUUACUCCGAAACAAAGAGUGUGCCUGUGUGGGAAGAUGGUGUCUGCCAUUAUUUGUACAAAAGGACAUAUAAAGUUCAGCAGGAUGUUUGUUUUAGAGAAAUCUGUGAGCCUUUACUGCCUAAAAAAACUCCAAACAGAAGAACUCAAAAACAGCAAUAAUAUGGAUCCUGAAUGAAUGAGGAUGUCACAUUAAAUGAGGAUGCAUUUCCAGCACUGUUACAUUUUUUUUGCAUCACUGGUCACAUUUCGUUGACUGAAUUGUCCUAUGGAUUGUUUUAUUAUUGACAGUUCCAGUUCUGUAUAUGACUUUUGACCAUCAUUAAGCAGUUAUCUGCAUCAAAGACCAUACCUCAAAUGUAAAUAUUUUUGAAUAUCGACAUGUAGUGCCGUCUAGUCCCUCAGGAAUUUUUUUUUUUAACUGCCUGCUUCAUCUCUAAAAUCUACAAGUAUUCCUUAUUCAACCAUCUGAACUGGUUAAAGCCUUAUCGUCUCAUACAACAAGAUCACAUAAAAUACUGGAAGAGAAACAUCACACCUUUGUUUAUGUUGUAAAGCAAAUCUCUGUGCUAGCUACCAUGUAAAUAGUGUUUAUAGUCUGUUUUUGUCUUUAAUAUUUUAAUAAUAAAAAUAUUGAAAAAUCAUGCUUUUCUGCUUUUUUGAGGGGUUGCAGGUUUAUACAAAUAAAGUUUUAAGGGGCAUUUAAGGGGGAAGGAAUAAAAGAUUGAUUUGAAAAAUCGGAUUGUUUUUAAUAUUUUAAUGAUAUCGUCAUAAAUUGGAAAUCAGCAUUGGUAUGUAAGCUAUUCUUUGUGUGUCUAAAGAUUUUUUUUUUUUUUUAGAAUGAAUAACAUGAAACAAUGUUCUAGACUCUAAACUGCCACAAGAUGUCGCUAUAUUUUCAGAAAAUGCUAAAGGUGCUUUCUGUCAUCAGGCAAAAUUCCACAAGAUUAUCGAUUCUGGGUAGAGUGUAUACAACUACGGCCUAACCUCGUGAGAUGAUGGGUUUAGGGUUAGGUUUGGGGUAGGAUUAGGAUUAAGAACAACGGUUCUGGCUAUAUAGGAUACAGCUAUGGCCUAAAUCCCGUGGGAUGUUUGGUUUAGGGUUAGGUUUUGGGUUGGAUGGAUUAGGAUGAAAACAGCGCUCAUUCUGCAAGAUUUUGGCUGCAUCCCUUUUAGCCACAACCAAGAUUAACUUUUUUUUUACAAUUUUCUCAUUUGCUUUGGAGCAUUUCUCAGAUCAGAAAUUUAUUUUUUCAAACACUUUGUUUAACCUCCACAUCAUCAAGUCAGUUGUGCAAAAUAUAAUAGCAAAUUCUGUUUAUUUUGGACAAAUUUCAAAUGCUUAAAUAAAAUCAUGUGGUUGAUUAUGUACAAUUGUCUGCUGUUUGCUACGUUUUCAGUUGCUUAUGUAAUUUUCAACUUAAUAUAUUAUGCUGCUUUCUGUUGAAUAGUCUUACCUUACACCUCAAAACAUUUAGAAAUUAGUUCAUUAUAUAAGCCAUGACAUGCAGAAUGAUUAACCUUUUUGUCAUAAUCCGUUUUUUCAUUUGUU